AUGUGGUGCCCGGCGGACGGCCCAGACGAGCCUGGGUUUUGGCAGGACCGCGCCUUGGACGCCGCGGAGCUGCUGGAGCACUGGGCCAGGCUCGAGGCGGCCGCGUUCAAGCGGGCCGCUGGCGCCGCGCGGCCGCGGGCUGGGCUGCUGCGCCAGCGCGGGGAGUCCGUGACGCUGCUGCGGUUGCUUCUCGCACAGCUGGACGGCCUGAACGGGCUGCCCGCGGUGUUGACGCUCUUCGACGUCCUCGGCUCCAAGGUGGCUAACUUCUUUGAAAAAUACGGCGUGCCCGUCACGCUGGCCGCCCUGGCGCGCCUCGCGCUGAAGAGCACCGUGGCCUCGCGCGCCGAGGGCACCGACUUGUACGGGGCGGACCUGGUCGCGGUAUUGGGUACCUUCAUGCAGGAGCACGUGGAUCCCGCGGUCGUGACGAAGGUUGAGAUGGAGGUCCUGGCCGGGAUCGGCGGCAGGGCCGCGCUGCCCUCGGUGCCCGAUUGGGCGGGCUCCGUGGGGGCGAGGCUGUGCGCAUUGGCCCAGCUGGGAGGGCACGGAGGCCAACCGAAUCCCGCUGCCGCCUCCGGGCCUGGGGACGUGGGGCAGUCGCCGCGGCCUGGGUCGGCUGGGUCGUGGUCUGGGUCUACCUGGUCGGCAGGCGACACCGAGUCGGCGCCGCCGACCCCAGGGUUGAUGGACAUGUCGACGGUGCGCUGGCAGUCGGACCCCGCAGGGAAUCCAGCGCCCCGGUGCCUCCAUCAGCACAUGCUCGCGGGCGUGCAUUCUUGGGCGCAGCUGCUCACGGAGAAGGUCGCGGCGACCGCCGCGAUGCCCCCGAAGGCCCUGGCGCUGGGCGCCUGCGCGCUCGGGCUCAUCGCGGCUGGCCUGCUGCCCUCGGGGGCACUCCGCCCUCCGUCCGUGCCGGACGAGCUCUGGGAGGAGUCCAUGCUCUUCAAGGUCGGGCAGACGGCCAACAAACUGACCGCAGGCGGCCCAGCCGACGGCCUCGGCGCGCCGUCCGAGAUUCUCGGCGCGCUGCUGGCGUCCGCUGCCUGCUGCACCCAGGACGAGCUGCGACGAUGUGCCUUCGAGGCGACGAGAGCUCUGCAGGUCGCCAUGGAAGAGGGCUGCAGCAGCUGA